AUGGCCCGCCAGGGACGAGUGCGCUCGUUUAUAGCCCAGUUCACACCUCGCAGGGAUUCCGGGACCCCUACACCCGCACCUGCAUCACCACCCAAGAGCAUCGAAUCCUCCUGCCAGUCGUCCCCGAUCCCGUCAAAACCGGAUUCUAGGCUCGACACCUCCGUCACCUCACCUUCCUCGUCGCCACCCUUCCAGACCUCGCCGACACUGCAAGGCUCGCCGACGCUGCAAGAGUCCUCCGAGAGCGAACUGCCGCCAGACUCGACUGCCGAAACAACACCCAUCUCGUCUCCUGAAGACGAACAUGCUCCAGUGGUACAACGGCUGCCACCGUCUCCCCCACCAAGCCCUCGACCUAACGCGAACCGACGCGAGAGACCUCGCUCCCUCUCGCAAACAUACCGUCCGCUCAUCAUGGAAUUGUCUAGUCAGACCCCAGCAGAGUUUCUGCCCAUUUUUAGCCUGCUAAACAGUCACUCCAACAAGCUGUAUCAGGAGGGCUACUUUCUCAAGCUUGACGACCAAGACAUUAAAGGAAAACCUAACCCCGAUCGAACAUGGACCGAGUGCUUCGCUCAGCUUGUCGGCACUGUGUUGUCGUUGUGGGACGCCGCCGAGUUGGAUGCCGCUGGUGACGACGGGGAGGUGUUGCCCAAGUUCAUCAACUUGACCGAUGCUUCGAUCAAGAUGAUCGAAUCGCUUCCAACAAGGUCCGCCGAUGAGCAGCCAUUACAAAAUAUUCUCAGCAUUAGCACCGCGGGCCGGAAUCGCUAUUUGCUUCACUUUAACUCGCACCAUUCUUUGAUCCAGUGGACUUCCGGCAUCCGGUUGGCCAUGUAUGAGCAUUCGACACUUCAAGAGGCAUACACGGGCGCCGUGGUGGCCGGCAAAGGCAAGACCCUCAACAGCAUCAACAUCAUCAUGGAACGCGCCAGGGUUCCCGUUCAGGAAUACGUCCGUGUAAGGUUCGGUGCCGGUGUCCCCUGGAGACGUUGUUGGUGCGUGAUAGAACCACCCAGCGAGAAGGAGUAUCAGAAGGCACAAAAGGAGCACAAGAAGCGUUCUGCCUAUGACCGAUCACAUGCACCCAUCUUAAAGGGUGAGAUCAGGUUCUUCGACACCAAGAAGGAGGCCGAGAAGAAGAAGAAGCACCAAAAGCCAAUAGCGACCAUCACCGAUGCCUAUGCAGCCUACGCUAUUUACCCACAGGCCAAGGCGCUGAUCGAUGGCUCGACUCUGCUGAAAAUUGAGGGUGAUAUCCACAUCCACUCCGAACCACCAUCGUCAACCGAGGGCUUCGUCUUCAUCAUGCCCGAGUCGCAUCCGAUGGUCCCUGGUUUUGAGAUGUUGCUGCGCUUCCUCUUCCCAACCUGGGACACGUUUGGUCUGUACGGUCGUCCAGGUCGGUUGUGUGCAAGCCCUAGAGACUCGCGCUCUCUCAUGUUUGCGAUGCCAAAGCACAAGAAAUAUGGAUAUCUCGAGUUGCUCGAUGUCAGUGGGCUCAUCACCACCGACGGAAGCUCCUCUUGGUCGGAGAGGGAAUGGCGCAAGAAGUUGAAAGAGCUGACGGGGACUCGCAUGUUGGAUAUGGAGGCGGCUGGAGAUACCGCAAGCCAAAGCAGCAAGCGGCUAAGCCAGGGCGGACAGUCGAAGCCGAGAGUAGGUUUUGCAUCGGAUGAUGGAAGUUCUGGGCGGUCAUCAAGGUCCAUGUCUGUGACUCGGCCGGGUACGCGAACAGACUCUGCACCUCCAGAUGCCAACAGGGAGAGGGCACCAUACGCUAUGGCCGGUCAUGGCAAGCACACGCGCAACAUCUCGGAUACCCAGCUCGAGAACCACUCACCUUACCCUUAUGAUAUGGAUCAUCACGCAGUCGGCCCUUCGGCCAUGCGCCCCGCUGACCGAGCCAGGACAUUUGCAAGCGAUUUGGCGCCCACCCCGGAGAGGGUCAGCUCCGAGGAUGAAUAUCCUAGAGGCAUGGCUGGCUACAACCUGAACGAAAUGCAGCGGAUGAUGACCCCCGAGCCGGUCGCUCCCCCUCCAGCAUUUGCUCAUGGCGCAGAAUCUCGGCCUUAUCCCAAGCCCCAACCUUCACCUGAGUUGCGUCGGGAACACAACAGGUUAUCCGACACUACGCUAUCCCAGCUGGCCAACGCAGGAGGCUUGGGACCUGGAGGAUACCCGGAUGAGCAGCUGCGCGGCGACUACGCGAUGAGCCCGCAAUCUGGAUACAACGGCCCACGAGGUCAACCGGUACAGACACAAACCACCAGCGCCGUUACCAUGGAAUCAGAUGCUAAUUACAAUGGAUCUCGUGAAGUUUUGACAGCUCCCACUACCUACCAAGGCUCUCCUGGGUCCCUUCCACCGCGCCUGGAUUCGUUACAAAACCAGUCAGAUUCUCCCCUAAAACAUUCCGUCCUAGGUCCCGAUAGCAACACCACGCGACACAUGAACUCUGGUCCAUCAACCGGCCCCUCUCCCACUGACUCCGGUAUGCGCCCUGCAAUGAGUCAACAGCCACAUGGAAAUCAAACAACACAGUCUUCGGGCCCUCCUAGCGGCCGACAGACCCCACCGCCUUCCAGGGCUGAUAUGGCGUUCAAUUUUCCAGAAAGAUCCCCGAUUCAUCGCAAACCUCUGCCUGCUAGAACCAUCAGCCUACAGCACAAGAACCAGGAACCAGUCUCUCCCAUCUCCUUUUCCCCGCCCCCUCCAAACAGGUCAGAAAGUCAUUCCGAUGAUGGCGCUUCCACAGUAAGCCCUGAUUACGCUAGCACGCACCGGGGUUCGAUAGAACUGCCAGUGAGAUCGACGGGACGGCCGCGGAUCGGCGUGCUCAAGUCCACGGGUGAGGAUGCGCCUGUCUCUGGUGUCAAGGCUGGAGAAGGGUACAAAAUUCCAGAUAUCGAUUUUGGGCGGACUUUGAACUAUGGAGCACUUCCACCUGGGAAGGUGCUGUCGGCACCAGGCUCUUCACACGGAGCUGAUUCUGGAUCUGGAAUGGAAUCCCCACGUCAUGCAACCACACCCUCUGGUAGAAAAUCUCCUGGCCCUGGUCCUGCGUAUUGCCAUCGGCGUCAAGAAUCGAGCGAUUCCUUCCGUCGAAGCGUGGCCUGGCAACCGGGUGUCGUACCAGGCCCCAGCACAUCCAUUGAUAGAUCAAUUUCCCCUGAACAGUUUGUCCAACAACGUGCGACUAUGCAUCAGCGUAACCCCUCGGGCUACACUCUCAACGAGUUUCGAGCGGGGACCCCUACAUCCCCAUACAAGCGGCCAAACAGUAAUCCAGCAUCCCAUUCGCGGUCGAAUUCGGCUGACCUACUCUCAUCUGGUCGCCCUGUGAGCCAGGCUGGGAUGCUUGCUCUGUCCAGCGGCGAAGUCUCGUCGCACUUGUCGGCACGCGAGCAAGAACACGUCGCGAGGAUGACGGGCAGCCCUCUCAUUGCCAUUGCUGGCAACAAGAACGCUCCCCAGGCCAGGGUUGGCCUGGUCGGUGCAAUUGAGGCGCGCGAGCGUGAAAGGGCUCAGAUGAGGCAAGGGAUCGGUGGCCAAGCUGUUGCGCAUGCUAUUGAUCAACGAAAUCGGGAGCAGCAUCAACAGGCGCAGCGAGCUGCCCAGGCUGCUUUCGCUCAGCAACAGGCUCAUUUUGCAGCUCAAUACCAAGGCUCCCCUCGCCCCCAGUUUCCCCUUCAGUAUGGGCCACAGUCAUGGCCUCCCCAAGGGAUGUCUCAACAUGGCUCACUGAGUGGCGCGCCUCCGGUUAACCAAGCGUUUGCGUCUGGCGGUGGAUGGGGACAGCAAGGGCAAAUAGGGUUAGGAAUGAGCAACUCGCCGCCACCACAGGCUCCGUUUGCAGCGGCUACGGUGCCCAGCGGUCCUCGAUCUGGGACGCCGGGAAGAAUGACGUUUCAAGGCCAGGCUUUCUAG